AUUAAAUUAAAGAAAUACUUGCAUAGCCAUCCAUGGUGAUGGAGAAUAUCUUACACAUGAAUGUUGGUAACGGAGAAUCAAGCUAUGCCAACAACUCGUUUCUUCAGGAAAUAGUGAUGCAAAAAGCACUGCCGAUUCUAAAGCAUUCGACAAUAAAGGUUAUUGCGAAUCAUGAUACCGUGUUUGGUGAUCAGUGUUUUAAGAUUGCAGACAUGGGAUGCUCAUCUAGCAAAAAUACACUAUUGGUUGUAUCUAACAUAAUUGAUAUAGUCCACGAGGUUUGUAAAGAAAUUAACCGUAAAGCACCACAGUUUCAAGCGUUCUUAAAUGACCUUUUUGGGAAUGAUUUUAGUAACAUUUUCAAAAUGUUACCGGAAUUUUAUGCAAAUAUUAAGAAUGAGAAGGGAAAACACUUUGGCCCUUGCUUUGUUUCAGUGGUUCCAGGUUCGUUCUAUCAUAGACUUUUUCCAGACCAAAGUUUGCACCUUAUUCAUUCCUCUUAUUCAAAUCAUUGGUUAUCUCAGGUACCUAAAGGCCUUAAAAAUAAUACACUAAAUAUAUACAUGGGGAAAACAAGUCCUCAAGAUGUGUUCCGUGCAUAUGGAAAGCAAUUUCAAGCUGACUUCACAAAGUUUUUACAAAUGCGUUCUGAGGAAAUACUACGUGGCGGAUGCAUGGUCUUAACAUUUAUUGGUCGAAGUACUGAUGAUCCUACUAGCGACGAUUGUUGCAGUUUAUUUGGGCUAUUAGCGCAAUCACUUAUCGACAUGGCCAAAGAGGGGCUAGUUCGAGAGUCAGAUAUUAGGUCAUUCAAUAUGCCACUUUAUUUUCCAUGCGAGGAUGAAGUUAGGAAUGUAAUUGAAGAUGAAGGAUCAUUUUCUCUAGAUAAAUUGACUAAUUUCCAUGUCAACUGGGACCCAUAUGACACAGAUUACACAAACACGAAUGAUCUUAGUGAACCGGCAACCCAUUGCCACGGGACAAACACAGCCAAAGUGUUGAGAGCCGUUACAGAACCGUUGUUGACUUCUCAUUUCGGAAGUUUCAUCAUUGAUGACUUAUUUAGGAGGUACGGGAAGCAUGUGGCAAAACAUCUAGCCAUCAAGAAAACAAGACACUUUAACUUAGCCAUUUCAUUGACCAAAAAGUGAAAUGAUAUUUAUGUUCAAUUCUUAAUUGUUGGCUGCAUGUUUUAAGGUGUUCAGUCUUGUAAUGUAAUUUUCUCGCUAUAUUCAAUUAUUCAUCAUGAACUUAACCCUU